UCUCUUUUAAUUUCCCCAUGUAUAAAUAACCUCUAUUCCUUAAUCCUUCUCCCCACCAACUUUCUUUCCAAUUCUCUUAAGUUCCAAGUUCAAAGCAAUAUGGCUAUCAAGAAAUCAAACAAAUUAACUCAAACGGCGGCUAUCAAGCAGAUUCUUAAAAGGUGCUCAAGUUUUGGCAAGAAACAAGGUUAUGAUCAUGAAGGAGGACAUCCCGAUGAUGUACCUAAAGGACAUUUUGUUGUCUAUGUUGGUGAACAUAGAAGCAGAUAUGUAGUUCCAAUAUCAUGGUUGACUCACCCUGAGUUCCAGAGCUUGCUUCAAAGAGCUGAAGAGGAGUUUGGGUUUAACCACGACAUGGGACUCACAAUUCCUUGUGAGGAAGUCGUUUUUCGCUCUCUAACAGCCAUGAUCAGAUGAAAGAACAACGUUGCUUCAUUGGUUGCAGUUAUAAAUUAUACCCUCAUGCAUGACACGAGUGGUUUUUCUGACUAAUUGAUGACAUUUUCUUCUCCUUGCUUUUAUUACAAUUUGAUAUUUGUAUAUUGUGCAUGUACCUAAGUUUUUCCCUCAUGUAGCACGUAUCCCGUUUCCACGUGCUCUUGAGAGUAUCCUUUAAAAGUAAUGAAAACAUUUCAUGGGAGAA